AGCGGAAGGAAGUCUCCAGGUGUUGAAUCCACGUUUAGUGCGACCAACAUCCUGCCUAGGAAAGUGCAGCAAGAGUCGAACGUCGCUGCUGCAUUCGAACCUCCACCCGACAUUCCAGAUAUGCCGUCAACACGGGCGGGGUCGGUCUCGCCAAUUCAACCAUCAAUAUUCGAUCCUGUCCAAGAAGACGUACGAGAAGAUUAUCACACAGAACCUACGACAGCACCUCAGUCUGGAUCCGGCGACGAGCACGAAUAUUACGAUCUCAAACCUCCUCCGCCCACCGUCAUCCAUUCCAAUAUGGAACAACUCGGCAUGCGCUUUUUCUCCGUCGACCACCUGAAUGUCAUUCUUCGCGACUAUCAAACAUCCUCCCGCUUUCAUCGUUUCCUCACACAGUACAGACCGUAUAUCCUAUCCUCCCUCGAGAGUUAUGUCGAUACGCAGAAAGCCGUUGCUGCCAUAGAAUAUGCCAACUCACUUGCAGAGAGCCUACCCUCGCUGACCGGCGACGUUCCGCGACCUGCGGCCAUCAUGGAAAAGAGCUUCCAAGACCGAUCACGCAUGGUGGUUCAAGAGCUGGUCGACGAUGCGUUGCCAGCUUACCUCACACACCGCCUUGUACAACUUGUGACGGAUAGUCUCGUCAAGGAGAUCACUGGCAACAUUGCACCGGUCCUGCGCGAUCUGAUUCCCUCUCUGGCUGAAGUAUACUGCAUCAGCGACCCCUCGCUAGCCGACAACCCCAUUGUCUAUGCCUCUGAAGCCUUCUACGACAUAGGUGGUUAUCAGAAAGAUUUUGUGAUUGGCCGAAACUGCCGCUUCCUGCAAGGUCCCAAGUCAUCGCCCGCCAGCAUACGUCGAUUGAUAGAAGCUUUGAGAGCUGGCCAAGAGAUUACCGAGACAAUUCUCAANUUAAUGAGUUCCCUUCGACGAGAUGGCAUACCCUUCAUGAAUCUGCUCAUGAUCGCACCGCUGUACGAUAACAAGGGCAACGUGCGGUACUAUCUCGGAUGUCAAGUCGACGUCACAAAUCUGAUUGAAGGCGGCAAAGGCAUAGAGUCUUUCGAGAAACUUCUGGCCAACGAUCGCGCUGAAGAACGAUACCGUGGCCGGAGCAGUCGCAAGCCAACGCAGGUGCUGGGAGAAUUGGGCCAGAUGAUGAACGACGAUGAGUUGGAUGCAAUUAAUACCCGCCAGCGCAGCCAGUCACGAAGUUCGACUCCAGUUGCUUCCUCGCGCAAUCCUGCUGCUGCUUCCAGACAUCCUCGCAAGGUCUUUGGCAUGGACGACUCUCUCGAACGUGGAUUAUGGCCACAUCCUUCUCUUGGUCCGUCUGGACGUCUGCCUGGUGUAUAUCAGAACUACCUACUAGUCCGCCCCUAUCCGUCCCUGCGUAUCACAUUCACUUCUCCCGCUCUUCGCAUUCCAGGUCUACUUCAAACAAAGUUUAUGGAACGCCUUGGAGGUCCUCAGGAUGUCCGUGAUGGCGUUCUGGACAGCCUNGCCCGCGGUACUCCCGUGACUGCAAAGAUCUCCUGGCUCUCCACGCCGACUCUGCCCGACAGCCCCCAUCGGAUCAGCAUCGAAGGCAAACCACGCUGGAUCCAUUGCACGCCACUGCUCGGUAGCGACGAGAAGGUCGGUGUCUGGAUGAUCGUCAUGGUGGAACAAGAAAGCAUCACUGGCAAUCUUACACGACCUUCCGANACCCUUGAGUGCUUUCCGUCGCCGCCUCCAAACGUUAUUGGCAGAUCUUCGCUGGACACUCCUGUUAGAGGCGGAGAGGGAGCGAGAAGUCCAAAGUUCAAGCCCGAGACUGGAAAGCUGUACGCUGAGUACCUCCGGCGUGAGGGCAAGAGUAUCUACGCAUCCAACGAGGUGCCUACGGAUGGAUCGAUUGGCGCAGGUAGUUUCAGGGAGGCGAGACCGUUCCAGGAUUUU